AUGUCUAUCAAGGUGGCUGGUGCCGAGACCUUGGACGACUUCUGGGAUCUCCUUGUCUCUGCGAAGUCCCAGCACAAGGAGGUGCCCAAAGAGCGGUUCACUUUCGAAACUGCCUUCCGUGACGUCGAGCCUAAGCGAAAGUGGUUCGGAAAUUUCAUCGAGAACUAUGACAAGUUCGAUCACAAGUUCUUCAAGAAGAGCCCCCGCGAGAGUUCUACGAUGGACCCUCAACAGCGCAAUUUCCUCCAGUGCGCUUACCAAGCUGUGGAGCAGUCUGGCUAUUUCCAAUAUGGCGAGCCCGACAACCGCAUCGGCUGCUUUGUUGGUGUCUGCUCUCGUGACUACGACUGCAACAUCGCAUGUCAUGCUGCUAACGCUUUUAGCGCCACUGGUAACUUGCAGAGCUUUAUCUCUGGUAAGGUCAGCCACUACUUCGGUUGGACUGGCCCUGGUUUGACAAUCGACACUGCCUGUUCCUCCUCUGCUGUUGCCAUCCACCAAGCUUGCCGAGCUAUCAUCACUGGCGAAUGCACAGCUGCUCUUGCUGGCGGUACCAAUGUUGUGACCAACCCUCUAUGGUUCCAGAAUCUGGCUGGCGCCUCAUUCUUGAGCACCACUGGGCAAUGCAAGCCAUUCGAUGCCAAGGCUGAUGGCUAUUGCAGAGGUGAAGGUGUUGCCGCUGUAUUCUUGAAGAAGCUCUCCGCUGCCGUUGCCGAUGGCGACCAAAUCCUCGGUGUUGUCGCUGCAACAGGCGUACAGCAGAAUGAAAAUUGCACGCCCAUCUUUGUUCCCAAUGCGCCGUCUCUUUCUGAUCUCUUCCGUGGCGUCACCAAGCAAGCUCGUCUUAAGCCUUCUCAGAUCUCAGUUGUUGAGGCUCACGGUACUGGCACUGGCGUCGGUGACCCGGCUGAGUACAAUGGCAUCCGACAAGUUCUUGGCGGCCAAGCUUCUGGACGUGACAAGAACCUCCUUCUAGGAUCCGUGAAGGGUCUCAUCGGCCACACCGAGGCGACAUCGGGUAUCGUCUCGAUGGUCAAAGUCAUGCUCAUGAUUCAGAAGGGAAUGGUCCCACCACAGCCUAGUCACACUCAAAUCAACCCGGCUAUUGGUGCGACUCCUGCCGAUAAGAUGACGAUCCCGACUAGCCUACAGACAUGGGAUGACGAUUUCCGGGCUGCACUCAUCAACAACUACGGUGCUUCAGGUUCCAACGCUUCAAUGAUUAUCACGCAAUCGCCAUUCGCUAAGGCGAUCAAGGACGCUUCCGAAGUUCCUGCCGGUGGAAAGUACCCCUUCUGGCUCGCGGGUCUCGAUGACCAGAGUCUUCGCCGAUAUGCGAAGGUCUUCCGCAAAUUCCUUAACAACAAGAGCUACAAAGCUACCGACCUCUCCCUACCUAACGUCUCCUUCAAUUUAGCUCGCCAGAGCAACCGAUCGCUUGAAAAGGCGGUUCUGUUCAGCGCGCGAUCAGUAGAGGAGCUUGACCAGAAACUGGCUUCUCUCGAGAAGGGUGACGCUAGCGUAGCAUCCAUCGCUCGUCCCGAAUCCAAGCCCGUUGUGCUCUGCUUCGGCGGUCAAGUGUCUACCUUUGUCGGUCUAGACCAAGGUCUAUACCAGAGAGUGGCUGUCCUGCGAAAGCACCUGAACAAUGUCGACGCCGUCGUUCGCUCUUUCGGUGCCGAGAGUAUCUUCCCCGGUAUUUUCGAUUCCACCCCAGCUAAGGACACCGUUCAUUUGCAGACCAUGCUCUUUGCUAUCGGGUACGCCACAGCACGCAGCUGGAUUGAAUCUGGUAUCAAGCCCGUCGCAGUCAUGGGACACAGCUUCGGCGAACUCACUGCGCUUGCCAUUUCGGGUGUGCUUUCAUUGGAAGACGCCGUGAAGUUGGUAAUCAACCGCGGGACUCUUGUCCGUGAUGCUUGGGGUAGCGACAAGGGAGCUAUGUUGGCUGUGGAGGCUGAUUUGGCUGAGGUUGAAAAACUACUGGUCGAGUCAAACAGCAAGGUCCCCAACGAGAAACCAGCGAGCAUUGCUUGCUACAACGGACCUCGCAGCUUCACAGUGGCCGGUCCUACUGCGGCAAUUGAUUCGUUCGCUGCCACCAUCCCAUCAUCGCUCAGGUCCAAGAGACUGAAUGUGACCAACUCAUUCCACUGCGCCCUUGUAGAUCCUCUCGUCGAGGCAUUGGAGCUGGUCGGAAAAAUGCUCACCUUCCGCAAGCCCACUAUCCCCAUCGAGAGAGCCUCGGAAUUCCCCACACAAGAGAGGCACACGGCUAAGUUCAUUGCUGAACACAUGCGCUCUCCAGUCUACUUCAACCAUGCUGUACAACGACUCUCUAAGCAGUACCCGUCGGCAAUCUUCCUAGAAGCUAGCUCCAACUCCACUAUCACCAUGAUGGCUAGCCGUGCCCUAGGCAGCCCCAGCGGCUCUCACUUCCAGGCCAUUAACAUCACCAACACCGACAAGGCAUGGGACAACCUCGUUGAUGCCACGAUCAGUUUGUGGAAGGCCGGCAGCACUGUGCAGCAUUGGGCUCACCAAGCUUCUCAGACCAAGGACCACUCGCCUCUCCUGCUACCUCCCUAUCAAUUCGAGCUUGCUAGCCACUGGGUUGAUUUCAAGGUGCCUCCCAAGGUCGCCGCGCUUCCUCCGGCACAGAAGACUCAGCCGGAAGAAGAAAAGGUACCGGAGGGUCUCCUAACCUUCGUCGGCUACCAGGACAGCAAGAAGCGUGUUGCUAAGUUCAGAAUCAACACCAUGAUUCCCAAGUACGAGAAACUCAUUGUGGGUCACGUCAUCGCGCAGACCGCCUCCAUUUGCCCGGCAACGGUGCAGCUCGACCUUGUCAUCGAGGCUAUGCGUGGUAUCCGACCAGAUCUCGCGGCUGCUAAGCUUGAGCCGCAGGUGCACGUCGUGGAGAACCAGUCGCCAAUUUGCGUCAACCCAUCACGGGGCGUCUGGAUUGAGCUAGAAGAAGAUGCAACCGGGAAGAGCCCCUCUUGGAACUUCCAGGUGUUCAGCACCGACAUGCCCCAGGGUACAGCCAAGACCCUUCACACCACGGGCAAGGUCGCUUUCUGCUCGACUGAAGACUUGACUUUGAAGCUCGAGUUCGCGCGUCUGGAGCGACUCAUCGGUCAUUCUCGCUGCGUCGAGCUUUUGCAGAGCGGUGAUGUUGAUGAGAUCCUUUCCAACAGGAACAUCUACAAGAUCUUCUCUGAAGUUGUAGACUAUGGAGAGGAUUACCGCGGUCUCAAGAAGCUGGUCGGCUGCGGAAACCAAUCUGCUGGUCUCGUCGUGAAGAAAUACAACCCUGACACCUGGCUCGAUGCGCACUUGGCUGACAGCUUCUGCCAAGUCGGUGGCAUCUACGUCAACUGCAUGACGGACCGAUCCCCCUCUGAGAUGUACAUCGCCAACGGUAUUGAGCAGUGGAUCCGUUCUCCUAAGCUCCGCCCUGGUGAUGCUCGACCCGACAGCUUCCACGUGCUUGCAACUCAUCACCCGUCAGAUAAGCAAUACCUCACCGAUGUAUUUGUCUUCCACCCUGAGACUGGCGCCCUGUUAGAAGCCAUCCUUGGAAUUAGCUAUGUCAAGAUCCCGAAGGCUUCCAUGAGUAAAUUGCUCUCGCGCCUUACUGUCGGAGGUGCCACUGUCGCUUCGCCCUCUGAGCCGGCGAAGGUCACUCUAUUCGAGGCUGCCCCUACCCAGAUCGUGCCGCCGCAACCAACUCACGUCAAGGAACCCAAAGCGUCAAAGGCACCUAAAGCACCCAAGGCACCCAAGCAGCCCAAGGUGGCCAAGCCUAAGUCAAAUGUCGCGCCUAAGGUUAAGGAUAUCCUAGCCGAACUUUCAGGUCUCGAGUUGGACGAGAUUAAGGAUGAUAGUAUGCUAGCUGACCUCGGCAUCGACUCCUUAAUGGGUAUGGAGAUGGCUCACGAAAUCGAGGCGGCUUUCAAGAUUACGUUGCCUGAAAGUGAACUUAUGGAGGUGAUUGAUAUGCCCAGUCUGAUGGCAUGCGUGCAGAGAGCCGUAGGCGGAGAUGCCGCUAGCGCCGAUGAGGUCAGCGAAGAAAGCGAAGAAGACGUUUCUAGCGACAGUGAUUCCAGGUCUUACAGCCCUAGUGAGUCUUCUUCGGGUCACCCUAGUGGUCUAACCACCCCGCUGGUCGACUACGAGAAGGACCCAUACGACGAUGGGGAGUUGAAGCUUCCUUUCGCCAAGGUCAUGGAAGCUUUCAACGAGACGAAGGCUCUUACGGAUGACAAGAUUGCCGAAUAUGGUCAGGAGAACUACUUCGACACUGUGAUGCCAUUGCAGACGGAUAUGUGCGUUGCCCUCACUCUUGAAGCUUUCGAGGAACUCGGACAUCGAUUCCGUGACGCGAAACCUGGUGACAAAUUCUCUCGAAUUUCUCAUCCUAAGGAACACAGCCGCUUGGUGGACUACUUGUACCAGAUGCUAGAGAAGGAAUCUCACAUCAUUAACGUCAACGGUGACACUAUCACUCGUACGGCCGUAGCAGCUCCGACAAGAUCGAGCAAGGAGAUUCUUGAGGACUUACUAGCGCGAUUCCCAGACCAGACAACAGCCGACAAACUUACCUUCUAUACCGGAUCUAACCUCGCCGAGGUCUUGAAGGGAACAACAGACGGUAUCAAAUUAAUCUUCGGUACUCCCGAGGGACGUGAGCUCGUCUCUGGUUUGUACGCCGAGUGGCCCAUUAACCGACUAUUCUACAAGCAGAUGGAGGACUUCCUCGCUAGACUUGUCUCCAAGCUUGAUAUGAGCGAAGGCCCACUUAAAAUCCUUGAGAUGGGUGCUGGAACUGGAGGCACGACCAGAUGGCUCGUUCCCCUCCUUGCUUCUCUGAACGUGCCGGUUGAAUACACCUUCACCGAUCUUGCGCCAUCAUUCGUGGCACUUGCUCGUAAGAAGUUCAAGCCGUACCCCUUCAUGAAGUUCAGGACCCACGACAUCGAGAAGGCGCCGGCUGAUGAGCUGAUUGGAACCCAACACAUCGUUGUUGCUAGCAACGCCGUCCACGCCACACACUCUCUGCGAGUAUCUGGUUCGAACAUCCGCAAGGCCCUGCGCCCUGAUGGAUUCCUCAUGAUGCUUGAAAUGACCGGUACACUGUACUGGGUUGAUAUGAUCUUCGGGCUAUUUGAGGGUUGGUGGUUCUUCGAUGACGGACGCACUCACGCCGUCACACAUGAGCUUAGAUGGGAGAAGGAACUGCAAGCGGUCGGCUACGGACACGUCGACUGGACAGACGGUGCUCGACCCGAGAACAAGUGCGAGAAAUUGAUCAUCGCGAUGGCCUCGGGUGAGAG